GUGUCAAGGCCAGGCCAGGAUUCCAACGAUUGGUAGUUUAUUUGCUUCGCAUGCACAUUGCAUGGGGAACGAACCAAGAGCUUCUUCUCGACCAGCAGCGAGCCCACUAGCUAAGAUCGAGCGACGUAGUUGAUGCCAUGGACCUCGUGGUCGGCGCCUCCAACGACGCUGUGAAUUCCCUAUUGAACAAGCUCGGGAGCCUCCUGGCCCAGGAGUACACUUUGAUCGGAGGCGUCAGCGACGACAUCCAGUACAUCAACGAUGAGUUGGCCAGCAUGCAGGCCUUCCUUAACAGGAUUAAACAGGAGGCGAAGCACGACGAGCAGCGCCAGGACUGGAUGAAGCAAGUCCGGGAGGUGGCCUACGACAUCGAAGACUGCGUCGACAACGCCCGCCAUCGCCUCAGUGGCGAGCCCCGCGGCAGUGGGAGGCUUGCCAGCCUCAAGAGGGCAUGGUACCUGCUCACCACGCUGCACGCGCGCCACCGCAUCGCCACUGACCUCGGCAACCUCAAGGCCCGAGCGCAGAACGUCAGCGAGCGGCGCACCAGGUACGGGGUCGAGAAUCUGGGAAACCCGCCGCUGGUCGCUGCAGGUGGUGGGUCGACUUCAGACCUGGCCAACGCCCCCGUUGACCGCCCAGCACCCCCUCCCGCGCUCAUCUGUGCCAUGGCACCCGUGGGCAUCGAGGACGCCAAGGAGGAGCUCAAGCCAUGGUUCACGUUCAUGGAUGAUGCGAAGCAGCAGGUCGCUAAUGAUCAUCAGCCGAGGAUCCAUGCCAUUGUAGGGUUUGGUGGCCUCGGCAAAACCACUCUUGCCAGGGCCUUGUACCGCGAAUUUGGGAAUGACUUUGAUUGCAGGGCAUCCGUUUUGGCGUCACAGAAGUUCCAUCUCCCCACGGUUCUCAGAAGCCUUAUCAGGCAGUUUCACGACCAGCAAGCAAGUGAUUCCAAGAAUGGCGCCAAGAUGGAGGAAUUGGGACAAGAGGCGCUCAAACAGCUCCUCGCCCGUCACAUACAAGACAAGAGGUACCAUAUCUUGAUCGAUGACAUAUGGUCUGUAUCAGCAUGGGAAAGCAUUAGGGAUUCUUUGCCAAAAUGCAAGAGGGGCAGCUGCGUAGUGGUGACAACUAGGUUCAGAUCUGUAGCUGAAGCCUGCCGCCGUCAACAAGGCCGUGUCCAUGAGCUGAAGCCACUCGAUGAGUACAACUCCUACAAACUCUUCCGUCGGAUCAUCUUGAGUGCUCCUGAUGUACCCUCUAAUGGUGCAAGAGCUCUUCUGAAGAAAUGCGGAGGUUUGCCCCUGGCCAUAAUUCUAGUCGCAGGGCUAGUGGCUAGUAAGCUGAGAUCAGCGUCAGAUGUUGCCCCUAAAGAGAAGAAGGACCAUUCGACUCAAGUGGACUGGGAUGUAAGUGAAAAGUUGGAUGAAUUCAUGGUAAAAGUGGAGAAGCAGGACGUUGUUAGUACCCAUAUAGAACAGGACAAUGAGAUUAUUAGUGAACGGUUGGACAAAUUCAUGGUCCAAGUGGGCGAGGAUUUAAGUGAGGAUCUAGAGAAAAAUCUCUCCACAGAAGGAGUCACAGAGAUAGUGAACCACUGCUAUACCCAAUUGCCUGCAGACCUUAAGACCUGCCUACUCUACCUGAGCAUGUUUCCCAAGGGUUGUUUCAUCAGUAGAAAGCGUCUGAUCAGAAGAUGGAUCGCCGAAGGGUUCAUCGCUGAGAAGCACGGGAAGACAGUGGAGGAAGUAGCCGAGGACUGCUUCAACGAGCUCAUCAGCAGGAACCUAAUCCGAGCGGUCAACAACAGCAGCAACGGCAGGGUGAAGAGCUGCCAGGUCCACGACAUGGUCCUCGAGCACAUCGUCGUCAAAUCAAACGACGAGAACUUCAUCACGGUGGUUGGCGGCCACUGGCACACACCGUUCCCAAGCUACAAGGUGCGCCGGCUGUCCGUCCAGAAGAGCGAUCAGCCAGAGAAGGAGACGGUGGAGAGGAUGAAGCUGUCGCACGUCCGGUCUCUGACGGCUCUGGGCAGUUUCAAAGCUCUCCGUUCUACCCUGUCCAAGUUUCAGAUACUGCAGGUGCUGGACCUUGAGAGCUGCAAGGAUCUAUCCCUGACCAACCAGCUCGACAAGAUAUGCGGGAUGCAUCAGCUCAAAUACCUUAGUCUGCGAAGGACAGACGUCGAGGAGAUCCCCAAGGAGAUCGGUAGGCUGGAGUAUCUUCAGGUACUUGACAUAAGGGAUACAAACAUCUUGCAGCUGCCUCCAUCUGUCGACAAGCUACAGCAUAUCGUGCAUCUUCUUGCUGGAAGCAAGAGCAAGCGGAUCGGGCUGGCAUUGACUGAAGGGAUAACAAAGAUGACGGCUCUGCAGACGCUGUCUGGGAUUGAAAUCGCUGGAAGCUCUACGGCCGGUAGUGAUGAUGUUGCCAGGGGUGGAUCAUAUAACCAAGGAACAGACAAGAAGAAGGAGGCACAGCCAGGCUGCUGCUCAACAACCGCGAGCACCAAUGCAACAGAUGGCUAUAGUGGCCGCUGCUGGCGAUGCAAGGCGGCUAGCAAAGGGUCGACGAGAGGACUGCAUGCCCUGGAGAAUCUGACGAACCUGAAGAAGCUCACUGUCUACAGGCUUCGGACCUUCACCGAGAUGGACAACGUUCUACUGGUGUCUGCCAUUGAGCACCUCAGCAGCUGCUCCCUCAAGGUUCUUGCUAUUGAUGAUGACUUCACGGGCUUCCUUGACAGCUCGCUCGUCGCUUCACAGGCCCCACCGGAGCACCUGCACACCCUGGGGCUCUCCGGCAUGCUGUCCAAGGUGCCUGACUGGAUCGUCCACCUGCACAACCUGGAGAGCCUGACCCUUUCCUUGACCUCGCUCACGGCGAGCACUUUGGUGGUCCUUAGCAAGCUCCCAGACCUCUUCUCUCUCGUUUUCACCAUGGAUUCUACGAUGAAGAAGACGAACGUGCUCCAGAUUCUGCACAAGGGAGGGGAGAUCUUUGUGCAGGCUGGAGGGUUCGAGAAGCUCAAGCUGCUGCGCUUUGCCACGCCGGUGCUGCCACCUCUGAGCUUUCUGGGAGGAGCAAUGCCGAAGCUUGAGAGCCUUGAGCUUACGUUCGUGACGAUGGCGGGCGUGUACGGCCUGGAAAACCUUGCGAGCCUUCGGCAGGUGCUCCUCACAGUCAGCAGCCACGCACCCCAGGUUGCCAAGAUGAAGGUGUCUCAAAUAAAGGCGUUGACGAGAAAGAAUCCCGAACAAGCCCAGCGUGGUCGUUGACGAGUACAACGACCUAUAAUAUAAGCAGAUACACAUCUCCAAGCCAAGCGAGCAUGCACGUAUAGCGUGUACUUGUCUAUUACUUGCUUUUGUGUCGUUUUCCCCCAAAUUAAUAUGCAGUAUAGCGUGUUCAUUCAUUGUAAUGUGUAAGUAUCGUACUUAAUUAGUUUAUUAUGUAACACCCAAAAUUUGGUGAGAACAAAGGAAAAAAUGUUGGGAUCAUGUGAAAGUUUUUAUUUAUUUGA